AGGUGAAGGUGAGGCUAUAACGUUUCUUUGGUAAUGAGAUGAGAUCACAUUAUUCCUGUUUUCAACUUCCCAAUAUGAAUGAAUUGAUCAGAUGACAAGAAAUUCAAUCCACAAGGACUCAAAUGACUCGUACUCAACCAUAAAACUAAACCAGGAAAAAACACCAACUAGUGGGACCCGAAUAGAGAUCCAACCAAUCACAGCCCUCCACGUGCCCCCUUCAUCUAAUUAUUCCCUUCACCUUUCUCUCCCACCUCUCCUCAUUUCAUCUUCCCUUGUUUGUUGAUUUCGUUUCGCUCAAGCACUCCUACGUUUGAUCACACUUUUGCCUGUUUCUUCUUCUGGAAUUUCGUUUUUUCGUCAUUUUGGCGGUUGAUUUGGCUCUUGGCUAUGCAUUGGUCUCCAAUACCCAUUUGCAUUUUCGUCUGAUCUUUUGACUUGGUUACUUUGGAUUCUUCUGCAAUAUUAAGGGCUUUCCUGCUUAUGGAAGAAAUGAAAAUCAAAAGUCAAGAGUGGAUAAAAGUAGAAGAAAUUACUGAAGGAAUAAGGUCUGUUGGCCAAGCAUAAGAUCUGACAAGGAAUACAUUCAUGAUGGCUAUCUCACAAGACACAGUUAUGGCUAUCAAGUCUUACCAAAAUCAUGCAGGACUUUUUGUUAAAAGCUAUUUACUUGCUGAUCCCUUUCUACCAUACACUUCUGUUCUUGUUGGCAUAUUUUUCUGCAAAUUGGUUUAUGAUCUAACUCAGUACCUCAGUGCGUACUACUUCAAGAACUAUGCUAGUCUUACAAAAAUUCAACAAAUUGAGUGGAACAAUCGAGGUAUAUCCAGUGUUCAUGCGGUUUUUAUCACAGUUAUGUCGUUGCACUUUGUGUUCUUGUCCGAUCUUUUCUCUGAUCAACGACUAGCUGGAUUUAUUACAUUUCGAAGCUCACCCCUCUCUACUUUUACAUUAGGGGUCUCUGUUGGAUACUUCAUUGCUGAUCUUACAAUGAUAUUAUGGUUGUACCCUUCAUUAGGUGGACUGGAGUAUGUUCUCCAUCACUCACUUUCUGGAAUUGCAGUGGCAUAUUCCAUGUUUUCUGGAGAAGGGCAACUUUAUACAUUCAUGAUCCUCAUCUCUGAGAUUACCACUCCAGAAAUUAAUAUAAGAUGGUAUCUUGAUACUGGUGGUAUGAAGAGGUCAAUUGUAUAUCUCAUAAAUGGUGUGGUGAUUUUUUUCUUGUGGCUGGUUGCAAGAAUAGUACUGUUUGGCUAUGUUUUCGACCACAUCUACUUGCAUUACAGUCAGGUUGUCCAAAUGCACAUAUUUGGAUAUCUGUUGGUGAUGGUGGUGCCUUCUGUUCUAGCUAUAAUGAACUUAAUGUGGUUUGGAAAGAUCCUUAAGGGGCUGAAAAAGCAAUUAGCUAAAAGGCAAUGAUGGUGAACAACAUAAAGCCCGCACAGUUCUUACAUGCCUAACUUUAUGGUUUAUUCUUUUAUAUUCUUUACUGUAAAAAAAAAAAAAAGGAUAAGGGGUUAAGGGAAAUACAUGGUUAAACGAACUACUCAUUAUCAUGUUGGUGGAGAAAUCAACUUCUGUAAAUGAUUCAACUUGCACACAAUAUCUACUUUUAAUGUUUAGUUCAUAUGUAUUCUCGGUAA